AUGGAUCUGGAUCCACUGUAUAGCGCUAAUAGGGAAUGCUCACGCAUCCCCAAGAAUAAGGCUGUAGGCAGCACCGAUAAGCCGGAUCAGCCUAAGGAAAUGAAACCUCAGGUGGCCAAACGUAAGAAACCAAGCCGUAAGGAAAAAAGUGGAUCCGAUGCCAAAACGAAAGGAAAAGCUGCCCGAUGUAGCUCCGGAGAGGGACGCGGAGACCAGGGAUAA